ACAAGCAAACACAACAAAGCAAAAGAAGCGCACACGAAGAAGUCAAAACUUGUCAAGGAAGCAGACAUGGCAGGGAUGAAGAAGAGUCUCUUUGAUCUUCUCCUCUCAUCACCACUUCUAAUCAUCUGUCUUAUUGCAUUUCUCGCUGAUCCGAUUUCAGUCGGAGCUCGCAGGCUACUGGAGGAGAUUCCUAAACCUGAGAUACCAAAAUUGCCUGAACUACCUCACCCGGAGCUACCGAAAUUUGAAGUUCCAAAGUUGCCAGAGCUCCCUAAACCAGAGCUGCCUAAGUUACCUGAGUUCCCAAAGCCUGAGCUGCCCAAGAUUCCGGAAAUUCCGAAGCCUGAGCUACCAAAAAUGCCAGAGAUUCCGAAGCCUGAAUUGCCUAAGGUCCCGGAGAUUCCUAAGCCUGAGUUGCCUAAGUUCCCGGAGAUUUCGAAGCCAGAAUUGCCAAAGAUGCCAGAGGUUCCAAAGCCUGAGGUGCCUAAGUUGAUGGAGACUCCGAAGCCUGAGGCUCCUAAGGUACCAGAGGUUCCUAAGCCCGAGAUGCCAAAGGUGCCAGAGGUUCCAAAGCCUGAAUUACCAAAGGUACCAGAGGUUCCUAAGCCCGAGAUGCCAAAGGUACCAGAGAUUCCUAUGCCCGAGAUGCCAAAGGUGCCUGAAAUUCCAAAGCCGGAAUUGCCAAAGGUACCAGAGAUUAAGAAGCCAGAAUUACCAAAGAUGCCGGAGAUUCCGAAGCCUGAGGCUCCUAAGUUGCCAGAGGUUCCUAAACCCGAGAUGCCAAAGGUACCAGAGAUUCCUAAACCCGAGUUACCAAAGGUGCCUGAGAUUCCAAAGCCUGAGGCUCCUAAGUUGCCAGAGGUUCCUAAACCCGAGAUGCCAAAGGUACCAGAGAUUCCUAAACCCGAGUUACCAAAGGUGCCUGAGAUUCCAAAGCCUGAGGCUCCUAAGUUGCCAGAGGUUCCUAAACCCGAGAUGCCAAAGGUACCAGAGAUUCCUAAACCCGAGUUACCAAAGGUGCCUGAGAUUCCAAAGCCUGAGGCUCCUAAGUUGCCAGAGGUUCCUAAACCCGAGAUGCCAAAGGUACCAGAGAUUCCUAAACCCGAGUUACCAAAGGUGCCUGAGAUUCCAAAACCCGAAUUGCCAAAGGUACCGGAGAUUAAGAAGCCGGAGCUACCAAAGAUGCCGGAGAUUCCGAAACCUGAGGCUCCUAAGUUGCCGGAGAUUCAGAAACCUGAGUUGCCAACCAUUCCAGAGGUUCCAAAACCUGAUGUGCCGAAAGUUCCAGAGAUUCCAAAGCCUGAGCUACCAAAGAUGCCUGAAGUUCCGAAGUUGCCGGAAUUUCCAAAAGUUCCUGGAACUCACUAAAUCUACCGAACCAGAUGAAGUCCCACCCCCAUUAUCUUAAAUUACAUACUCUUCUGUCUGUUGCCUAUCUCAUUGUCGGUUCCGUAGUGAACCAUAUCUUUGUUCUUUGAUCUUGUAGCCAUAUAUACUUAUUUCUCUUUUUUUGAUACACAUAUGCUUGUAUUAUGUUAUAUUAGUAUGUUUCAUACAUACACAUUUCUUUGUAUUUGAUAUACCUUUUUAAUGGA